GGCUGGUAUAUGGCUGCUCCAGGCAUACGGCACUACUAGGGUAAUUAGACAUUUGGCCUGGAUCUGAUGGGUUGGGGAGGGGAGUUUGACCUCCGGAGCAUGAAGCCCGAGCACCCCACGAAUAACGUCGCGUGUGAGCGGACAUUCGCGGACAUUCGCGGCUAUGCAUAAGUCAGUGUUGGCCCACCCAAGACCCAGGCCUCCUGCCCAUCAUGCAAACAAAGACAUUACCACUAUAGGGCUGAAUGCUGGAACCAGCCCAGAACUGGGGCGUUAUGAUUAUUACCGCUCAAAGGACAAAUCUGUUUAGUUUCUCUCCCUCCCUCUCUUUUGCUUUGUUGCGUGGAAAGUUACAAGAGCUCUCUCGGGAUUUGAGCCAACCAACGCGCUUGUAAUACCGAUCUGAUUUCUUCUUUCUGUGGACUGAAGACGUUCCAAGGGUUAAUAAGAUAGAGCAGCGGAAUGAGAGAGGGGCUUAGGAGAGGAGCCAAAGCUCCUUCCUGCUCCUCCUCCUUGGUGAUGAAGCGGGGCCGGAGAAUGAAGAGCUUGUGGUGGAGGCGAGGCAACCCUGGGGGUGAGUCAAAGAGAGAAAGAAAGCGAAAGCAAGAGGGAAUUUUGGGGAGCGAAAGGGCAGAAUUGAACACAGUGGAGGUGGUGCCAUGAGAGAGAAGAUGGCCACGGAGAAGGGGGCAGAGGCAGACUUCGGAACCCUAAUCCAAGUACCACUGGGGCUGCAAGGAGUUAAAAUGGAAGAACAAAUACCAGCAGGCCUCAAAAUUGGGGAGGACCCAGAAAACGUGGGACAGACUUCUUAUAUCCUUCAUGCCGGGAAGAUGUUGCAUUGGAAGGUGUCUCCGCUGGUAAAGGUGGAGCCAGAUGCAGGAGGGAUCCAGCUCUGGGAAGGCCAAGAGACAGAGCAUCCCAUUCCCUUUGGAUGCGGGAGGGCAUGGCCUACAGAGUUUGAGCCAUGGGAUGACAUGUUGGCUCUUCUAGCUUCCUUUGAGCAUGUGGCCUACGCCUGUCAGUGGCCAAGGGAAGAGCUGGUAGCCCGGCUUUUGCCAGCCCUGGGUGGGGAUGCCCGAGAGGCCUACCUCAGUUUGGACACCAGUGACAGAAGGGAUUAUGGGAAAGUGAAGGCGGCCAUCUUGAAGAGGGAACCCGCAGCGACUGAGAAGCGGAGGCGGCACUUUCGGCAGUUCCGAUACCAGGAUGCAAGGGGGCCGUGGGAUGCUUGCCGGCGCCUCCAGGAGCUUUGUCGCCGCUGGUUGAGGCCAGAGAGCCAGACCAAGGACCAGAUCCUGGAACUACUGAUUCUGGAACAGUUCCUGACCAUCUUGCCAGAGCAAAUCCAGAGCCGAGUUCGGGAGCAAGUCCCUGAAACCUGUGCCCAGGCAGUGACCCUGGCUGAGAAUUUUCUGGCAAGGCAGCAGGAGGCUGAGAGACAGGCACUAGAGGUGUCGGGGCCAUUCAAGGACAUCCCCGUGAAUUCCCCAAGGGCAGAGGUGACUUCAUCAGAUGCUGGACAGAAGCUCCACUGCAGGGAGGUCAAGCAGGCAGGUGGUGGAGGAGACGCUAGUUCACUGGGUUCUUCUGAUACAGAAGCGACGUGGGACUCGUUGGCAGAUGAAGGGGGCUCUGGUGGAUCUGGGAAGAGAGACCCUUCUGUAGGGGCAGCUGGUAGCUGUGGAGCGAUAUCUGGAUUCACUGCCCUGCCAGCACAUGAGAGGACUCAAGCCAGAACCAAAGAGCACUUUCGACAAGAAGAGCACAACGAGAGGCUUGUGGGAACAGAGGGGCUCCCAACCCAUCCGGGGACUGCCAGUAAGGACAGCGCAUACCUGUGUGUCCAGUGUGGGAAAGGAUUUCGGUGGCCCUCGGCGUUGGCCGUACACCAGAGGACCCACACGGGCGAGAAGCGUCACCGCUGCACAGAGUGCGGGAAGCACUUUGGCCAGCGCGGACAUUUGACGGUGCACCGGAGGAUCCACUCGGGGGAGAAGCCUUAUGCCUGUCCUCAGUGCGGGAAACAGUUUGUUGACUCCUCCCACCUCACCAAACACCAGAGGACCCACUUGGGAGACAGGCCCCACCACUGCGCUGAGUGCGGGCGAAAGUGUGUGAAUAAACGGUCGCUCGUGCAACAUCAGCGAAUUCACAGCAGGGAGAAGCCCUAGGCUGUGCAUGCUUGUUGGCCUCUCAUGGAAUGCUUGGACGGGUUAAAGUGGCCUAAAACAGAGAGGGGGAACCUGUGGCCCUCUAGGUGUCGCCGGACUACAACUCCCACCAUCCCUGGCCAUUUAGCCAUGCUGGCUGGGCUGAUGGGAGUUGGAGUCCAAUGUCAUCUGCAGGGCCAUAGGUUCUCCAUUCCCCUGGUCUCACUGAAGGGAAAGGAGCCCCUGCUUCCAGCCCGAGUCUUUUAUUCCCCUGGGGGAAGAAACCUCAAUAGAUGUGCAGAAGUCUUCUCCCAUUUUCCCUGCAGAGCCUCAAUAACUACCAUCUCCCCACCCAACCGGAGCAGCGCCUGCCCUUUUUAGUCAGUUAGCCUCUUUGGUCAACCUUGUCUCCAAGGCGAUGGUUCUAUGAGGUAGCAAUAUGAUGGCUGCCUCCUCCAUCCCAUCACCUCCUAUUUCCAAAAGCCUCUCAAAUGGUACUCGAGACAUAAAAAUUAUCCAAUGCUGAGUAGCAUAGCUGGGCAUGGGAAACAGUGGGGCUGUCUGGGGCACACUCAUAUGGGGAGGGUAUAUUUACAAUGGAAAUGGGACUCUGCUGGUCUGCCACAAUCACCUCCACCAGCUGGAAAAAAAGACCAAACAUUUCAAAGCCUUUUCUUUGCAUCUGUUGUUGUUUUUCUAAAAAUAAUGUCCUGUGUGGAACAAAGUUGGAUUUGUUAGAGGUAUAAAAACUGCAAUAUACAGUUCUGGUUUGGUGCAUGUGCGCGUGUACGGGCUGUGACAAGACUUCAGCACCCUGAAUUGCUCUCCACCAGGUGAAGGAGAUGGGGACAACAACCCUAUUUGGAAGAAAACACAACACAAAGCCUUGAGGCACUAACACAUACAUCUGACAAAGCUUCCCCACACCCCAAAAAUGCUCAUGCCACAGGCAACAAAGUUGCUGAGGUACCACAGGGUGCUUUGAAAUUUUAGCUAACCGAACAGAUGAACAUACUUACUCUUCUGAAACCAGUUCUGCGUCUCCAAUUCCUUUCUGUGCAAAUAAUUCUAAGGAGCUAGAAGGUGGUAGUUAUUCCAGACUAAUUAAUCCAGAGUCAAAGGAUGUAUUGUUUUAUGUUUAUGUAUGUGAAGACGUGUAUUAUCACUGUAUUCAUUCCAAACAUCUCUCCAGGGGUGAAUUCAGAGAAAAUGGUCCUGCAAGUCUGCCAGCUGUGUUCAGGACUGACUGGCUAGCACCCCUGAUGUGGGCCAGAAAUCUCCCCAAUCCUUGUAGCACUUUUGGAAUGUGAAAUAUAAGUUUUUAAUAAUAAUACCAUGGCAAAUAAUCAGAGAAACAGGUAUUCAUGGUUUUUCACAGGCAGGGAGCCUGCUAGAAGCAUGAACUCCUUUUAAAGCUGCUAUUAGAUCCAUGAGCUUGGGAGACAAAAUACUGUCCCCACUCCUAAGUCAAACGCAGCUUUGGAAGAAGGAAAGGAAGGAGCAAUUUAGAUUGGGGAAAUAGUGCAGGGCAAAGGGUAGUAGUGCCUCCUCAAGUAGUGCUGCUGCUCUAGUAAAAAUCAAACAUCCCUUUUCAUGUGAUUGUAUUAAAGUGUAGAAAGGGGAAACCAUAGGCGAUCUAGUCACUGAUAUGUAUCACAUCUGGUUUUUGGCCCAUCACAAUGUGUGGAAAAAAGGUUGCAAUUGCUCUUUGUUAGGAUAUUGUUAAAGGCAUUCUGUUCCUGCUCAGAGGGACUUUUAUAUAUAUUUGUUCCUUUCUAAAGCGGGCAUUAGUUCUAAUGGAAAAGAUGGUUGUAAACAGGCUUACAGGGCAACAGUUCGGCCUGCCAGACCAAUUGGCCUCUAAGUCCAUCUCACCACACCACCUCCAUUUGCACCACUUUUAGAAUGGUCUAGAUUUUUGAGUUCUCCAGAGCCAAUUACAGGGCAAAGUGGCCUCUUGUGGCUUCUCCUCCCCUUUCAAUGGAUCCUGGUGUGCUAACUUGACAAUAGCAGAGGGUGACAGGAGCAGGUGGUUGGAUCUAGCCACCAUUUUUGUCAGGGCAUUGUGGAAAAUUAAAAUGGAGGCUAGACCCAGCUGUCUGGUGCUGCUCAGCAGGCCAGGCCAGGCCAGGGGGGAAAAAGACAAUGAAAUGGGUGUCCUAGGCAGGAAUCAGCAAUGAGCCACAAGAGUGCCUUUGAAUUGUUUCACAAACAGAAUGUGAAGGUGACUGGCAUUCCCUGUUGUUUGCUCCUGGUAUUCAGUUGUCAGAGGUAUACUGCCUCUGAACAUGAAGGCUCCAUUUCCUUUCCUGUUGAAAAGCUGCUUAUCAAUGUUAUCCUCUAUGAAUUUGUCUAGGGCUUUUUGAAAGCAGACACAGUCCUCAUCUAUACAUGCAGCAGAGGUGGUAGAACAUUGUAACAGAAUAGACUGUACUACUUUGGACUGCAGAUGUGGAGGAUUUUUAUAAAAAGAAUUAUCUCCUACAUUAAAACACCCCCUGCAAAUAGAAAAUCACAGCAGGCUAGAACCUUUAUCCUCAAUGUCCUAGCACUACCUUUUUGUUUUUGCUUUCUCUUCAUUUACAGGGAAUUUUUGCAUGGGAUAGCAUUCCAAAAUGGUAUCCCAUUCCUGUAAUCUGAAAUGGUACCAUCCAUUUUACCCCCUCAGCAUUCUACCACUGCCUUAUCUCCUUGUUUUGUUGCAUGUGUAGAUCCAGCCUAAGUGAGCGGCUGUCGCCACAUCUUGUGGCCCUGGGUUCCAUAAGUUGAUCCUACAUUGAAGAACUACUGCUUUUUUUUUUUGCUUGUUCUAAACCUACUGUCUGUCAACUUCAUUUGGAGGCCUUGACUUCUAGUAUUACCAUCAACCAUUUUUAUUGUAUAAUUUGCUUACUGCUUCAGUCAAGAGAUGCUUGUUAGUCAGGUGGGAGUUGUAAAAGUAUCAUCAUCAGCAAUAAAUGCAGGAGCAGCUCUGACAAUAUGCAACAAAUUAAAUGAAUAGGAAGAUUGCUAAUAGCAACUUACAGAAUUUAGGAUGUGACAAAACAAAGCUAUUGAUUGUGUUGGAUAAGGUUUCAAGAGGGAUAGUUGCAUGAGAAAAAAGAUGUGUAAUUUUCUAUGCAAAACUUGGUGGAGGUAUGAUGCAGCCAAUCCAUGCCAGCCUAAAGCUUAAUUUAUAAAACAGCUGAUGAAGCUUAAGGCGACCUGGAGAUUUCACCUGUCCCCUGAUCAGGAUGGAGGUCAGUGGGAAUUCAUCAGCAAUGAGGAGAAUGUCCUCUGCACAUGCUCAGGGCACUUCUACUCCAGCUGCAGGGCAGAGCCCUGAUGACAGUGAAAUGGAUUCUGGAGCUGAGUCAUGGCUUAUAUUAAGCUCCAAGAGUUGUAGCAGCAUACACAAGUUGACUGUGUUCACCGUCUAUACGAUGUCUCCAAUUCAAAUGGUUUGUAUAACAUCACACAUGACAGAAGUGGAAUUGUCAGUAAAUUAAAUGAUUUAAAUA